UAUCAUCUGGGUAUUCCCUGGAUUUUUCAGGGGUGCCCUUGUUUUCUUCAUCGGAAAUUGCUGUGACUGGGUUGCAAACAUGGGAGGCUGUUGCAGCCACGAAGUUUCUGUUCGAGGGAAGGUGGAAAGCGAAAUAGAUGAUAGAGAAUAUGAGUGUGAUCAUGAAAAUCAUGAGUCUUAUGAACGUGGUGGAGCAUUGGUGAGACUAAUAGGAUCUUCCAAGUUUGUUUCAAUGCACACCCAACAGGGCCAGAAAGGUGUGAACCAAGAUGCAAUGACAGUUUGGGAGGACUUCGCAGGAGAAAAGGAUGUAAUUUUUUGUGGUGUGUUCGAUGGUCAUGGUCCUCUAGGCCACAAGGUUUCACAAUUUAUUCGUGACAAUCUGCCCUCAAAACUGUCUGCAGCAAUCGAAGUUUCACAACAGAAGACAAUAAAGUUUUAUGAUGCCAAUGAUGCAGAAACUGGUAGUUUUGAUGAUGGCUACGAUGACAGUAACCAGAUGUCCCUUGCUUCGUGGGAGGGAUGCUUUCUGAAAUCCUUUGAUGAGAUGGAUGAGCACCUUGCUCGGGAAAUUAACACUGACAGCUAUUGCAGUGGUUGCACCGCUGUGACUUUAAUUAAACAGGGUGACCAGCUGAUAGUUGGCAAUUUGGGUGAUUCUCGUGCAGUUCUUUGCACAAGGGACAGGGACCAACUCGUUGCUGUUCAACUCACUGUUGACUUGAAACCAGAAAUUCCAAGUGAAACCUCUAGAAUCGUUAAUUGUGAAGGAAGAGUGUUUGCAGCAGAAGAAGAACCAGAUGUGUACAGAAUAUGGAUGCCUGAUGAUGACUGCCCUGGACUGGCCAUGUCAAGAGCCUUUGGGGACUUUUGCCUCAAAGAUUAUGGCCUCAUAUCAGUUCCUGAUGUAUUUUACAGAAAAAUUACCCCACAAGAUCAAUUUGUGGUUUUGGCAACUGAUGGGAUAUGGGAUGUGCUCACUAACCAUGAAGUAAUAAGCAUAGUUGCUUCAGCACCAAGGAGGUCCAUUGCAGCCAAGUUGUUAGUAAAGCGUGCUGUAAAAGCUUGGAGAUACAAAUAUCCUGGUUCCAAGGUUGAUGAUUGUGCUGCCAUAUGUUUGUUUCUGAAUGAACACCCUGUUCAAUCCAAUUCACAAUCCCAUAUGAGUAGACAAAAUAGAAAGAGCAGCAAGAACUUGCAUCACUCUAAAACCACUAGAAAUGAAGACACUGAUACAGUGGAUGGCAAGGUUGGGUUGGAAAUAGAUGAGGAAUGGAAAGCUCUUGGAGGGUAUUCGAGAGCCAACUCUUUGUCAAAACUUCCACGCCUUGCCAGGGGUAUGAGUAAACGGCAAUCGUCCAAGUACUAUUCACCACGUUGA